CCGCCCCGGUUUCCGCAGGGCAGCGCCGGGACCCCCCGAGCGCGGCCGCCACCGCCCCCGGAGAUGCUGCGCGGCCUGGGCAGCUGGCUGGGGCUGGAGCGGGCCGGGGAGGAGCAGCUGCUGCCCGCCGGGAACAGGAGCAGCCCUGAGGAAGAGCAGGAGGAGGCGGGUCCGGCCGCGCCGGAGCAGGAGCAGGAGCAGGGGGAGCUGCAGGAGGACUCGGAGGCGCUGCUCAGCCAGGCCAAGGGGCUCGGCAGUUACCUCUUCAAUUUUGCCACUGCUGCUACAAAAAAGAUAUCCGAAUCCGUUGCUGAAACAGCACAGACAAUAAAGAAGUCUGUCGAAGAAGGAAAAAUUGACAGUAUCAUUGAUAAGACAAUUAUUGGAGAUUUUCAGAAGGAACAGAAAAAAUUUGUCCAAGAGCAGCAAACCAAAAAAUCAGAAGCCGCAGUGCCUCCCUGGGUAGACAGCAAUGAAGAAGAAACAAUUCAACAACAAAUAUUGGCCUUAUCAGCAGACAAACGGAAUUUUCUGCGGGAUCCCCCAGCAGGUGUGCAGUUUAAUUUUGACUUUGAUCAAAUGUACCCUGUUGCACUGGUGAUGUUACAAGAAGAUGAACUUCUCAAUAGGAUGAGGUUUGAUCUCGUUCCCAAACACGUAAAGGAGGAGGUGUUCUGGAGAAAUUAUUUCUACAGGGUGUCCUUAAUUAAACAGUCUGCACAACUCACUGCGCUUGCAGCUCAACAGCAAGCAGUAGGAAAAGAAGAGAGCAAAGGCAGAGAAGAGGACAGUGAACUGAAAGAAACAGUACGACCGAAAACACCACCUGUUACGAUAAAGCCUCAAACAAAAUCUCAAGAGGAUGAGGAAGAGAUUUCCACAAGUCCAGGUGUAUCAGAAUUUGUGAGUGACGCUUUUGAUGCCUGUAACCUGAAUCAGGAAGACCUAAGAAAAGAAAUGGAACAACUAGUGCUAGACAAAAAGAAAGAAGAGACUUCAGGAGUAGAAGAAGAAACUGCUGAUUGGGAAAAGGAAUUACAACAAGAGCUUCAAGAGUAUGAGGUGGUGACAGAAUCGGAAAAGCGUGAUGAAAACUGGGAUAAAGAAAUAGAAGAAAUGCUGCAAGAAGAAAAUUAGGCAUUUUCACAAAACCACUAUAACCCAAAGGUUUUUCUGAGGACUGACAUGGAUUUCUGCUUUCAUAUUUUGCUUACAGAAAUAUCUUCAAAAGACAUACAAGAAUCUAAAAUCAUUAUAAUUCCAUAUGGGAAUACAACCAGUAUUUCUGUUCUUUAUAUGAGCAGUUUCUGAACUUCUAUAUUCUUCAAAAGAAAAAAAAAAGAGGAGGCAGACACUGCAGGUUACAUGCCAUAAUUAAAAGUAAUAACAUUAAUACAUGAGCAACAGUUCAUGUUUUUAGGUGGUCAAGAAGCUCUUCAAAGAGAUUUCUAAAUCUAAGAAUCAAUUUUUUUUUUGUCUACAGCCUUCUGUUUGGGAUGUAAAAAUGGGUGUUGUAAGUAACUUAGUCCUUGAAAACAAUUCUCUCUUGAUAUUUGCACUCUGAUCCCUGUAUAAUCUGUAAAUGUGUACUAUUUUUGAGGUACUUGUAGUAGUAGAUUUCAUGUGUAUUUAACUUCCUUAAUGUAUGUAGCCAAUGAAUUUAUAGAAAACCCUAUUGAAUAACUUUCAAUGAUUUGUUAAAAAAUACUAAUGCAGACCUCCAAAAGAAGCUGAUUAUUUAUCAGUCAGGUGGCAAACAUUUAAGCAUUUAAAUAAGGAUAGAAUUAUUAACUGCUUAAAUUAAAUAUGUUUUUGUUAAAUCAUCAUAUUAAGAUAUUUUCAUUCCCCACAGAGAAAAAUGGUUUAAUGCAUUCUUUCUGCAGAAGGCUGUUAUGUUUCCAUUUAAUUUUGCUGUCUGAGCUGAGAGCAAAUUAAAUGUUUCUCCUUAAGUGCUGAAACAUUUAGGUAAAAACUUUUGCUGGUUUGGACACCUUUAUUAAAUACUGUAGAUAUGUAUAAAAUUGUCUCUUUUAUUUGGAAGAAGGGCAGAGUGAGGGGCAAGCACACUUCAGACUUACACAGAUUUCAAAAAUAUACAUUGUCGCAAUGCGUAAGACAUGGAAUUUAAAUUAAAAAAUAGGGGGUUUUCUCUAAAAGAUUUUUGAUUCUUCAUGGGCAUCUAAAUGUUUCCUGUAGUUUUACCAUUAAGUCAGUAUGAUUAUAUAUAUAAAUGAAAAUUUGAUGUUCUGUUUGUCAUCUAUUUCAUAAACUUCUGUGACAAAACAUUCUUGAAAUUCCAAAUACAGAGGAAAAUGGGUAAAAUUAAGUAGGUUGGAGCCAUUAAGCACAAUUGAAUUAAAGGCAUGUUACAUACAGUAAGCUCUGUCUUAAUGACAUAAUUCUGCAGAAAACUUUUGUAAAGAGACUGAAAAAGAUUAUAGCUGUAAUUACUCAGUCAAUAUUCAUCUCGUGGGAAUUGAAAAGAGCUAAGUAGUUUUAACUGCUGUUACUGCAAGAAAGGUCUAUUUAAAAUUGUCUCCAUUAGCAACUUGGACAGAAAACUCUCCUGUAUUUCUCAUUAUACGAAAGGAAUUGUUUUAAACCUGCAUAUAUUUGGCUUUUCAGAUUAGUUUAUUGUCAUGUGCUUUCUCAACUACAAACCGUUUUAUGCACAAUUUGUAUUUUUAUAGUGUUUUUCACUUAGUAAACAGAUGUGAGAUAAGUCAUGGUAAAUAAGAGGUACUUAAGGAGCUUUUUAUAUCUAGGAUUAAUUAAAGGCCACAAAAGUUAAAUCUGUUACGCUUAAAAAAUGGGGCUAUUCACAGCUUAAUGGUUACUCUUGACAAAUUCAACUGCUUGUAGAUUUAAGCUGGAGAUACUAGGAUCUGUCUACUGUACAGUUUGACACGCCUUCUAAAAAAAUGGGUAGUUCUAUUCUGAGAGUGGCAAGCCUUCCCUGGAUGACUAAGAGGUCAAAGUCUCCAAAUGCCAGUCUUCAGUGCUCCAAAUGUCCACUUCCUUAAAAAUAAGCCUGAUCGUUCCUAGUGUUUUCAGAUGUAUUAUUACCUGAUUUGCAUGGGGUUUGUACACGAAGCCUCGUGGUUGCUUUCAUGAAAGCAUAAUCUAUAUAGUGGUUAUAGAUAUUAAGCCCCAUCUCUCAUGAAAGAUGGUUCCUACAUAUAAAACCUUUGUUUUCCAAGUUCCAUGAAAAGCAUCUCCAUGAAAAAAAUAAACCAACCCACUAUUUGAAUUUACAUUUAAACAGGCAAUAGUGUAGUGAGGCUGAAUCUGACUUAAACUGUGGUAUUUAAAGUCUCUUAUCAAAUAUCAUAUUAAUAUUUUCAAAUCUGCAUAUCUGGUUUUAACCUGUAAAACUGAAAUAAGUUUCGUGUAAUUCUGCAGUUUUCAGGCCUGCCUUAUGCUUUUCAUUUAGGUAGGUGCCACAAGUGCCUAGCAGUUCUUAUUCUGCAUGGGAAGACAGGAAGUGUCUGCAUUCCGCUUGUCACAUGAGAUGAACACAGGUAGAUUUCUUCACGUUCUUUGUGAAUUUUGUAUGCCAUUUUUGUAGCCCAAAUGUGUCAUAAUAGUAUAUAUACAUAUAGUAUGUAAGCAAGUGUGCUGGUGUUUUCGUCAUAGCAUCAUUCCAAUCACUGGGAUGGUGCAGAUGCUAAAAUCCAGCAACACAACAGUAUGAAAUCAAUGACAAAAUGAAAAGAAACCAAGAAUAAAUGUAAAUCACACUAUUCUGUGGAUACAAUGUGACAGAAAAUGCAGUUGUUUAAAACAGUGAGGAGAAGCAAACAAUCAAAAGGAUUGUUAACAAGUUUUCUUAGAAGAAGCUGAACUUGCAAAUUUUGGAAUUAACCUUUUAGAAACAGGGAAAAAAUUACCCAGAAAUCACGUAGAUUAGCUUAGAAUAGUGAUAUAGCUUUCUUCUGAGAUGCCAACAUCUCCAGUUCUGUGCACUGAAGAAUCCUCUUCAGCUAUUAAAUUACUAGUCCAGUUGGUAUGAGUUAAUUCCUAUAUGGAAUUUUUUUAUUUAGUAAUCUUUUUGGAGGAUGAGGAAGAGAAAAGAUUGUAAAAUUCUGCAAUAAGAAAAGUGUAGUGAAAAGUUCCCUCACAUUUUUAUUCAAUCACUUACAGCUGUUCUCUUAUCAUAGUUAACCUGCAUGAUUUUAGUAAACUUUGGAUUUUUUUAGUUUGUUUCUUCAGGUUUUUUUUCUCCUUGCUGUUUGGUGAUCUUGGUGUUUGCUUGGUGGGGUGCUGUAUGUAGUACUGAAGCACAGGAUGUCAAAUUUAACCUCAUGCAUUCAAAGAAUAACUCCAUGUGCAGGAGCCUGUCACCAGACUGUGAGAUGCACCCUUGAGCUGUCGGCCACUCACACAUUACUGACCUCUACUUUGCAAUAGCUAUUGCAAAGAAAGGAACAAAGUGUGUCUGGUUACUCUUCAGUGCAUUGCCUAGCAGGAGCAGCCACACUGGGCCCUCAGUCCAUGGGCUGUGUCUGGAGUGUUGUACUGUUCCAGUGUCAGGAACCACCCUGAUAAUGGUCUGGGUUUCAGUUCACCAGGAGUUCAGAAGAUUUAUUGUCUGGCCUGAUACUCCAUCUCAGUAAGUGCUGACAUAUAUCUGUAACAACAGUGCAGUAGCCUAGCCCUAAAUAAUGUUACCCAUUAGUAGAUUUUUCUUCUAAAUAUUCAUUUUUGAUGCUUUUUCUCCUUUGUUUUAAACAUUUGGGGUCUCUUGGGGGGUGAGGCAAGAGGGUCAUUAGAUCAUCAUUCCAGUUUUUUUAAACAAAAUGGCAAGUAACAGUCAAUUAAUGUCUUGCUAUAUUUUCUUUGUAUAUAUUAAAGUUAACCACUGGAGAAAACAACAAUUUCUGCAAAAAAUCAUCAGAAGACAUGCAUGGGUUCAUUUUAUUCUCAAUAUAGCCCAGUUUGUUAUAUACAAAGACAAUGUAUAUAUAUAUAUGCAAACCCACAUUUAUUAAUGUGUCUAAAAUAUAUUUUAAAAAUGAUAAUGUACUUUUCCUGUUCAGCUGUUACUUUUAACUAGAUACCAUUGUGAGACAAGGAGCAACCAAAAUAAUUAGCAUUAGUCUGUCACACUAUCAUUUUUAAUGAGACAGCACUCUGUAGAAAUUGUCUGUAAAAAUGAAAUCACUUGCUUUGUUUCCUAAAAGCCUGGUUUUCAUUAUGGCACAGGUUAGGGAUGUUUGUUUUCCUUUGCUAGUUCAGGGAUUCAUGAAUCUAUGACAAACCUCUGCAGAUAAACUUGGAAGGUAUACUUAAUUCAAAACUACAUGGGCAGAUAGGUUAUUUUGUCUCUGUGAUUUUGGCAAAGUAGGGAAAGACAGAAAAAUGCAUUUAGUUCAGGGUAAUAUAUAAAAUUAGAAGAAUAAAGAUUUGAUGCAUGAUUUGAUACAUGAUGCUCUAAAGAAAACCAUGCUUAGUGUGGGGUUCUUAUAUGAACACACAAAACUUUAAUGAUGUGGUUGCUUUUAUUUAUUUGUUCUCUUGGCUAUGGUUACUAUACAGUGGAAGUGUGAAGGUUUCAGAGCCAGAUAAAACCACUGCUUUUCUGCAUUUCCUCUCCUUCCCAAGGAGAAACGAGCCCCAUUUACUCACAGUCAAAUAAUGGCCAGAGAAUGAAUUGAUUAUCCCCAGCUUCUUGUCCCACUUACUUCAGAAAUGUUUUAUUGAUGGCCCUAUGCCCAUUCAUGACUUUGAUGCCUGCAAUUUAAACAUCAAACAGUUCUGGAUGAGCUGUAUCAUCACUGCCUUUCAUCCUAUAUCAUGUGUAACAAGACUUUCAGGACCAUCGUGUGUUGGGUGGAUGUAAGAGUGAUACUUGGAGGAAAGUAGAGGAUAGGAUAGAAUAUUUUAAUAUCAUAUUUUAAGGGGGGCGUUUUUCCAUAUACCACAGAGUUUGUGGCAACUUUCCUUAGAGCUCAUUCACCUUUGGAGUUCAUUUUCUGGGAGGAAUGUGUGACAUGGUCAGGCAUGUAAGAGAAAGCACCACUCAGCUGACACAUCUUGAUUUCAUCUUCUGUUUUACUCCUCAUGCCAUUCCACAUGUACCCUGACAUCUUGUUUGGUUUUAUUUGUAGCUACAUGGUAUGUUCAGCCAAGAACAUGUUUCCAGUAUUGUCCACACUGGGCUCCAGGCAAUUUCCCUAGUAGCCAUCAUUGAAUUUUAGAAUCCUGUGAAGUGGAAGAGUGGUGAUUUGAGUUGGAUCUUUGGUUUGUUUGCAUUUUUCUCUUCCUGCCUUCAUUUUAAUUUUUGAUUAGUCUUUCUGUGAGAAGUUCCAUUGGAAGAAUUACUGUUCCUACUCAGUGUCAUGGUUUCACCAGGAAGAAAGUGUUUCAAGAACAAUUCUAAUAGUCCAGAGCUGCUUCAAACUUUCAGUAAAAGCAGUUAUCGUAAUAAUCAUGGGAAAAUGACAAUUUGUUACUGCAUUUCAGUAGUUCCCUGACUGCAUUGCAUGUAAGAAAAGAAAUAGUAUCUUUA